UGGUAUGAACUUAGUCAUUCUAUAUUUAUUAUUUAAUGCUAUAAAUAGCAUUUAUUUUCUCCAUCUUCCUUUUAUUUAAAGAUUCUGGUUUUUUUACUUUUCGUUUCACUUCUAUUCAGUAUCUUCCUCCUACUAUUCAUCUAGUGCUCUAAUUUCCUUACGCAGCUCCAAAUUUAAACACAAGUGAUUUUGUCUUAGACUGUGUCGUGUGAUAAGGGUUUAUUUCUUUUAAACUCUUUUUUUUUUUUUAACCGGGAAUAAAUAAAGAAAUGGGUUUGCCUUGUUCUCUGAAGUCAUACCUUCUUUUGCUCCUCCUGUCUUUUCUCAAUUUCUCCAUAAUUUACUCAUCGAAGCCAAAAGAAGAAGCCGUGCUUUUUGGCGGGAACUUUCCGGCUUUUUAUGUUAUUGGAGAUUCAUUGGUUGAUCCAGGAAACAAUAAUCAUCUUCCGACAAUGAUCAGAGCGAAUUAUCCACCUUAUGGUUCUGACUUUGAAGGAGGCAAAGCUACCGGACGUUUUAGUAAUGGCAAAACAAUUGCUGAUUACAUUGCUAUUUAUUAUAAGCUUCCUUUGGUUCCUGCUUAUUUGGGAUUAUCUGAAGACCGGAAGGACACUAUCUCAACUGGUAUGAACUAUGCUUCUGCUGGCUGUGGGAUUCUUCGUCUCACAGGAAAGAUAGCGGGAAAAUGUCUCUCGUUGAGCAAACAAGUCGAUAUGUUCGAAGAAACCAUCGAAAAGCAUUUGAAGACGAAUUUCAAAACGCCAUAUGAGCUGAGAGAACACUUGGCUCACUCGUUGUUCAUGACCGUGAUUGGGGUUAACGACUAUGCAUUCUUCUAUACUAGGUUAACCGAUGCGAAUGAUUUCGCAGACAAGCUUCUUCAUAAGUUCUUGAAAAAAAUAGAGAAAUUGCAUAAGUUAGGAGCAAGAAAGUUCUUCAUCAACAACAUUAAACCAUUAGGAUGUUACCCAAAUAUGGUAGCUAAGACGGUACCACGCGGAAGCUGCAACGAACGUGUAAACCUUGCUAUAAGCAUUUACAACGAUAAGCUUAGAAGAAGCCUCCCUGUUAUGAAGAAAAAAUUACACAACAUAUCUUUUUUAUACUCUGAUUACUUCAAGUUCAUGUUGGGACUAAGAGGACCAUCGACCAAUCAAUAUAGUUCGAAUCUAUUGAACACGACAGGCCCGUGUUGUCCUUUAGAUUAUGAUGGAAGUUUAACUUCAAGUUGCAAGCGCAGGUCGAAAACGUGUAAGGCACCAGAUUCUACUCAUAUUUUCUUUGAUCCGCGUCAUCCGACUCAGUUGGCGAAUUUCAUGUACUCCAUUGCCUGUUUCGACGAGAGAACUAUUUGCCAUGUGGUGUGAUAUAAAUUUAACAUGCAACAAUCUUUAGAAUAACACCAAUUUAGUUGUUGUUUAUUUCUUUCAUCAUGAAUUUUUUACAACAUUUUUCUACCAAGACUUGACGUUUUUUGAAUAUUGAAUUCAACGUGAUUA